GGCAAGGUAAAGCCGUAAAGUACUGAAGGAGAAAAAGAACCAAAGCACCGAGCCAACUCUCCGACACAAGCCUCGCCCAGCUGGGAGCAACAAAAACCUGUCCUUUUCCCCCACUCUCAUGGCGGAACCCUCAGAUCAAAACCCUACCGCCGAAGAAAAGAAAGAAGCUGAGGAAUCCGAAGAGAACGGAAAUGGAAGAGGAGGAGGAGAGGAUGAGGACGAGGACGAAAACGGAGGAGAGGAAAAAGAAUACGAGGAGGAGGAGGAAGGAGAGAGGAAGAGUGGGGGCGGCCCUCCGUCGGAGAGGGAGAAGGUGGAGCGCCUCUUGCGCCGCCUAUCGAGCGGGCCAGUGAGGCUUCGGGUCCACGACGUGGUGAUCAGGGGGAACGCCAAGACCAAGGACUCGCUGAUCGAGGCCGAGGUGCUCGACGCCUUCCGCUCGGCGUCCACGAUGCAGGAGCUCCUCCAGGCCGCCGGCGCCGCAAACGAGCGGCUCAACCGGCUGGAUGUCUUCGAUUCGGUGAACAUCACACUUGAUGCCGGGCCCCCGGAGCUUCCUGGCACCGCUAAUGUCAUCAUCGAUGUAGUGGAGGCCAAGAAUCCACUUAAUGGUGAUAUUGGUAUCUUCACUAAGCCCGAGGCUAGAUCUUGUUUACUGGAAGGAUCACUUAAGUUGAAAAAUUUAUCUGGCUAUGGUGACAUCUGGGAUGCUUCUGGGGCUUAUGGCUGGGACCAAACAUCAGAGAUAAGUGCUGGAUUGUCCUUGCCUAGAUUCAAAGCAAUAUCAACUCCUCUUAUGGCUCGAGUUUCAUUACUUUCUCAAGAUUGGUUGAAGUUUUCAUCAUAUAAAGAACAUCUUUUGGGCCUUUCUUUUGGUUUGCUUUCCACAACACACCAUAACUUGGCCUACAAUCUUACAUGGCGUACCCUAACUGAUCCAAGCCGCAUGGCAUCCAAGGCAGUAAGGAGGCUGUUAGGACAUAGUCUUCUCUCCUCGGUAAAAUACACGUAUAAGAUUGAUCGCAGAGAUUCACAUUUGAGACCAACUCGUGGAUAUGCUUUUCUAUCUACUACUCAAGUUGGUGGUCUUGGACCAUAUAGUAAAAGUUUACGAUUUUUUCGGCAGGACUUUGAUCUUCGAGGUGCUUUUCCCUUGGGAUUUUAUAACUCUGCUCUCAAUAUUGGAGUUGCAGCAGGUGUCAUUCUGCCAUGGGGAAGGAGAUUUAUGGACUUGCCCUCACCAUUGCCUGAGCGAUUUUACAUGGGUGGUCAUUCUUCUCCUGUCUGCAACUUGGGUGGGCCCACCUCCUUGUUAGGGUUCAGAACAAGAGGAUUAGGCCCGACUGACUCAAGAAGGUUCAUCCCCACGAAAUCUGAUAAAGAUGAUUCCCCUGCCUCUCCUGAAAGGGAUGUCCUGGGAGGCGACCUUGCAGUCACUGCCUUUGCUGAUCUUUCAUUUGACCUACCCCUAAAACUGUUCAGAGAGUCUGGAAUACAUGGUCACGUAUUUAUCAAUGCUGGGAAUCUUGCUAAAUUAACGGAGAACAAGUUCAAGGAUUUCUCAUUUCGGAACUUUGGGGAGUCAUUUAGAAGCUCUGUAGGAUUUGGCAUAAUAUUUCCCACAAAACUGUUCGGUAUGGAGAUAAACUAUUGUUAUGUAUUGAAACAGUUUGGGCAUGACCACGGAAAGACCGGCAUACAGUUUAACUUCUCCUCCCCAUGAUAGAAGCUUUCCGGCUGAAGAGAUUCACCUUUCCAAUGCCAAAAAACUUUCUUUUUUUUGACAAUUUUUGCACUUCAUCUCUUCCGGGAAGUAAGGAACUAGAGAAGACAAUUGAGUUGAAAGGAAUGUUACCCACAUAUGGUGGUACAGGUGGCUUUUGUCAUCUUCUUCAGCCACUCAAUGCACGAAUUUUCUUUGUUUUUUUUUUCCCCUCUCAAUAUUUUGUCCUUGUUGUUGAGGUGUUAACUUUAUGAUCUAAAGGUUCAAUGGGUGAUCAAAAUACAAUUGUUUUUCUCAGGCUGCUAUUCCAUUGUAACUUCGCAGUCAUUUAGUUUUUGCAA